AUGACAGGUGAAUUUUGGAAUCUAUCUAUCUACGUACCUAUCUAUCUAUCUAUCUAUCUAUCUAUGUAUCUAUCUAUCUCUGUUCAUAAUUAUCUCUCUAUGUGUCUAUCAUCUAUCUCACCAAUUCACAUCUGUCUAUCGGUCCUUGUUCAUAAAUAUCUAUCUAUCUAUCUAUCUAUCUAUCUAUCACGUCGUAUCUAUCUAUCUAUCAUGUCGUAUCUAUCUAUCACGUCGUAUCUAUCUAUCUAUCUAUCUAUCUAUCUAUCUAUCACGUCAUAUCUAUCUAUCUAUCUAUCUAUCUAUCUAUCUAUCAUGUUGUAUCUAUCUAUCACGUCGUAUCUAUCUAUCUAUCACGUCGUAUCUAUUUAUCUAUCUAUCUAUCAUGUCAUAUUUAUCUAUCUAUCUAUCUAUCUAUCUAUCUAUCUAUCUGUCACUGUCAGUUCAUAUCCAUCUAUCUCUCUUGCUCUCUUUUAUGGGGCAACACUGCUGCUAAAUCCCUUGGAAUGCAUCAGUAUGCAAAUGUUCUUUUUUUUUUCCACUUCCGAGUUCUCGAGUUUGUUUCUUGUGAGUGAAAUACCCUCACGUACCAGCAGAGACAGCAGUCCACCUAAAUAUUUUAUUUGA